AUGCUCUACAAGCUCCCCACUCUCCUUCUCUUCGUCGCCACCUUCGUCACCCUUGCCCUCGCCAACAAGGACAGCCCGGACCCAUGCAACGGCGCGCCGCUCUGCAUUAAGGUGCCCGGUGGACUGAUAUUUGACUCGGAUGAUAUGUUGGAUGGAGGUUCGGAUGAAGUGAGAUGA